GGGAUAUAUUCACAUCGUCUCAGAGCUGGUCUCUGAUAUCAAUUUAUUGUUCGGCCCUCUUUUCAUUGUAUAUAUAUACACAACCUCACGACGUGCUACGAACUGUUCUCCUACAUACCGAAGAGAAUUGUCAAAAACAACAUGAAGUCUGUUCAGAUUCUCGAGUUUCUCGCCUUCGCGGCCCUGUCUACUGCUCGACCGCUGGAUUCACGCCAUAUCAGCAACCUUGUGAACCGCGAGGUCCCACAGGAACACUCGCACGAAAAGAUCCUUACUUCUGUUGCGAGUUCUUUGAACCUGAACAACCCUGCUGGCAUUAAGGACCCUGUCUUUGCGCUGCUGGGAAACGCAGCUGCUGCGGCCGGUGCUGGCUCCAUCACUAAUCUCGACUGCCUUCAGCAAGAUGUCGCUGACCAGGCCUUCACCAACGCCAAGGCUGCUGGUGACGUCGAUGGAAUGACCAAUGCUCUUAUCUUCCGGACUCUCGAGAGAAACACUGGUUCCGUGGGUCUCAAGAGUGUCCUCUGCAACGAGACUGCUACGAAUCCUGAGAUUGCUGCUCUCUCCCAGCAUCAGGACCCUGCCUCCGAUGGCGCCGCUGCUACGAAUAAGCAGAUUGCUUUGAAUUUGGCUGUGCAGAUUGCCUCGAUUGGAGGUAACCCUCAACAGGCCAUUGACAGUGGCACUUUUGCCCCUGGUCAGAUCGGUGACCCUACUGCAGCCGGUAACACCUGUGACGACCAGAAUGACGCUCAAGGAUGUAUCUUCACACAGGAUCUCCUGGUGCCUGACGUUACGGCAGACGAGAUCAAUGCUGCUGUUUCAUCCGCAAGCGCUGCUCCCGCGACAGCCACGGCUGCCACGACCGCUGCAGUAAACACAGCUACUUCUACUGCUACUGAAAAUGUGGCUGCUGCUGUCCCUACAGGUACCGUGUCGGGUGAUCUGGGCUCAUGUGCUGGCGGCUCUCCGCUCAUUGUCUUCGGACCUGGCUUCGAUGGUCGUACGGAGGACUCCUUCGAGCCCGAAGAUGAAGCUACUUUCAACCAUGGCUCAGCAGAUAACAUCGCUAUCAUCGCUGACUUUAUCUGCGGCCAACUGAGCAGCAAGUGCAAGGCUAGUCAGGAUGUCGUUGACCAGUGCAAUGCUGGUAAGACGGCUGCGACGGCCUCGGGUGUUUCUGGUCAGGCUGCUGCUGAUGCGUUCAAUUCUGCUUUUUCUUGAAUCUCCUUCAAAAGAGUAAGAGUCAAAUUGGGUAAGGAUCGGGCCGAAAGGAGGAAGGAAUGAGUAUCGAAUGGCUUUUUUUGUUUUUCUUUUCAUGACAACUUCUUAGUGAAAUACAGUACAUGUAUGUAUGAUGGACACG